GUGAUCCGACAGCCUGAGUCGGUGUAGAUCUACACUAUGCGUACGUGAACUGUUUUCAUCCGACCUGCUUCGAAUGAAAGAAACGAUCCAGAGUUUCUACCUCUGUCGUUUGGGAUGGUGGUUGAGCUAACGUGUAGCUUGAAGAAGGGAGAAGCUGGAUCAGUUCAGGAACCUCCGUCCUCGGAUUCACCGAACCAAGUCUAAGAGCGAAAGACGGAUUUGCUUGACAUCGAAAUCAAGUACAGAACUAGCGUUUCAACAGCAAGAUUUCAAUCGAGUCGAUUGUAAGGAGCGUAGGAAAGACUGUGAUCGGCGAUGAUGGCUGCUGUGAGCGAAUCCCCGGAAGCUACAUCUCCGCACUCACCAGCCGACGCCGUCGAGGGUGAGGAUCAGCUGGGUGCGAUCGGGAAACCUGCGCCAGGUGCUGCGCUGCGUUUUCGCCGUCACAGCGGUUCUGGUGUGGCCCAGAGUGUGCGUGGGGUGCGAGGUGGUGUCCUGCAGAAGCUGCGUGGCUUUGAGAAGCGUGCGGAGGAGGCUGAGCUCUCACCACUGGCAUUACGUCUACAGAAGGAAGAGCAGCCAGCAGACAAUGACUCGGCGGGCAAGAUUGUGCUCUACACCACCAGUAUGAAGGCUGUACGCGGUACACAUGGAGAGUGUAUCAAGGUGACACGUCUAUUUGGUGCACUACGUGUCAAGUUUGACGUCAAGGACGUCCUGCUUCACCCGGACUUCAUGGACGAGCUGCAGGAACGUGUGGAUGAUCCCGACAUCACUGUACCACAGGUCUUCAUCAAUGGAGAACAUGUUGGAGAUGCCGAGAUGAUCAUGGAUAUGAACGAAACGGGAGAGCUAGCCGCCAUGCUCAAAGUAUUCCAGCGUGAAUACGUGGCGGACUGCCCGGACUGCGGUGGCAAGCGCUUCAUCGCCUGCCUGCUCUGCCAGGGCAGUAAGAAAGGCAAGCGCAGUGCGUUCGGCACGCUCAAGUGCACCCAGUGCAACCAGCACGGAUUGCAGCCGUGCCCGGCAUGCAGUGGCGGUGGUAGCAGUGUCGGCACUGCCAAAACCGACAUCGACCAGGACGCCGGUUUCCACAACAACGACGAUGGGGUGUUGCCGCGACGACGAGCCAUGACGGCACCGUCGUCACGCGUCAAGCCGGGUAAGCUUGACGUGUCGGUGUUUGAACGGCGAGAGUCCGACGGCAGUAUCAACACGUCGACGACGCAUAACACGUCACCGAUCGGACGCCAAGUGCGUCCCCUACCGCCGAGUCGUCUGGCGUGCGUCAGCACGAGCAGUGAUGAUUCGGGGAUUGGGCGGAAGAACGAGCAAGCGGGCGGCGUGGGUGAUAUCGAGUUGCCCAGCGGCGAGGUGAAAACGCGAAUGAAGACGUUUGAAACGGCGAGUGAGGAGACGUGCAAUGGCGUAGUACCCGCGGACAGCAAUCCCAAGCCACAGCCUCCCGUGACGAACGCAGACGGUGAUAAAGCAACUGAUGGCAGCAACGUCGAAGGUCACACGGGCGGAGAGGCUGCUGCAGACCAGGGCUUCAGUCAGCAGAGUCGAGAGCAGCGCAUACGCUUUGCACUGCAGUUGGCACGCAACACGGACAUAGGCGGGGACGACGGCCCCCAGGAGCCUGCGAUGACCAUGGGCACCAGUGAACGAGAAUCUGAUGAUGUUGGUGGUGCGCAGAGUACUGAGACGUCUCCGUCGCAUGCAACUGCUAAUCAUGGUCAGGCGGGUAAUACACACCAUGACGUUGAUGAUGAUGAUGAUGAUGAUGAUGAUGAUGAGGAGGAGGAGGAGGAGGAGGAGGGUGGCGACACAAGCUAUAUCUGACGCAAAUCAGCAUAACUUUUCUAACUUUGAGAGAGACAUUUCGCCAGUGGAAGAACUGCUCUUGGAUUCGUACUCCACCUUUUCUGCACAUACACUAACUCCAGUUACAGUAGAGACGCGCGCCCAAGAACGUUGUAGCCUGGGACGUUCUUAUUUUUCAUGAAAUCUGGCUACGUUCUUAUAGCACGUUCUUAGAAACAAUCCGUACCGGAUCAUAUGUAUCCCACAAGAUGCCAGAAAACCAACACCGCCGUUCUUAGCUUUAGGCUGUUGCGUUCUUAGAAUUUCAGGCUGGACGUUCUUGGGCUCCACGUUCUUCAGCGUGCGACUCUUCUGUAGUCAACUGAAGGUUACUUGUAGUUCUAUUUUGAAUAAGUUAUGCUAUACCGUGUAAUUGUGGGAUACACACAAACAUACGCUAUAGACUCACCAGGCAAACACUCAUAAUAUCCAGCUCACCAGGUGCCCAUCACCCAGGCAAAUAUCUGUAUGCCGGGGCUAACUAUGAUAAAUUAAAUUCGCUUGCCACUAUUCCUUGAAUUUUCGUAUCACACCGCUUGAGCCUGCUGCUUCAUUGCUGCAUCAAGCACAUGACAUUGUAUGGAGUCAAAAGUCCAUAAACAGGUAAUGAGCUCUU